AUGUUUGGCCGAAGACGACGCACCCCCAUUCUCGGCGCGGCCGUCCUUGCCGGUACUGCGACGGCCGCAGCCAGACAUGGCGCCAGACAGCAGUCCUACAUGGAGGCCGACAGGCAGUACCAGAUGCAGCAAGAAGCCGAGCUGAGGCGGUAUGCUGAGGAGAACCAACGUCUCCGCAGCCAACGCGCCGUUGACGAAGCCGUGAACGAGGCGAUCGCCAAGCAACAGGCCGGGGGUAGCGGCCAGCAGAUGCAGCAACCAGCUGGGUCCCCUGGGCAGGGACCUGCCCCAGUCAUUGUGCAACCGCCUCCCGGCGUGCCUCCUACUUAUGCGGCCAAUGACCCCUUCGGCUCGCCAGCGUCACCCUCGCCCUACCUUCAACCCGCGAGGGCGAUGGCAGAUGUUCCUCCCCGACCCCGGAGCACCAGCGCUGCGGACUCCGCGGUAGCCUUUUGCCCUGAGUGCGGAACCAAGUGCAGCGCGCAAGACAACUUUUGCAGCAGAUGCGGGCGGUCCCUGUCGACUAGGACAUAUGACCAGCAAGCGACAUCGAAGCAGGCAAUGUAA